GCCAGGUUUCUUCUACAUGGUCUGAUCUGUGCUUCACUCAUCAGACACUUUAAUCAUCUCACACACAACAAGAGCUGCCUUCUAUCCAACACAACGUCAUUUUCUUCAGAGAAGAGGGGAAAAAAAAUAUGAUCCUCCCAAGAAGCUUUUUUUUUUUUCUUUCCUCAGUUCUUCAGAGUUUUUGGCUUUAGUAUGCUGAGACCUUCACAGUGAGUGGCUGAACCUGACAGCCCCAGAUCUUCCAACAUCUCUACAGCUUGGGACAUCCCCUCUGAGGUCCCCAUCUGCAAGAGGCCACCCUUGAGAAGACUUGGACAUUUGUCAUCUCCUUCUUGGAACCAAACUGUGUUUCUUCCCUAGUAACAGCAGGAACUUCUUGGAGAGCUUGUUCUGGGCUUAUUUUAUUUUAUUUUUUUUUUCAUUUUUUUGCUGGAUCUUGGACUAUUGCUGGUGGCUUUGAAGCUGAGCUAUUUUCUGGGCUGGUUUUGCUGUACAUUUUGCCUGGUGAAUCUGCAGUGCCUGCCUCGGCUCUGAUCCCCUUUGCUCUCCCCCGGCAUCCUAGACAAGGGAGAUGGGCGGAGGAAUCUGCUGGAGCUCCUAGGACUUUGCAGCGGCACUGCACCUUCUUCUUCUCCCACCACCAGCUGCCUGCGUUACCGCUGAGGACCUUCCCUUGCCAGGCAGCACAAUCCCAGGGAAUAUCCUGCUCUGUACAACCAGGAGUUCAUCAUGCUCUAUGUGACAUCAAUGCUUGGAUACCUGCUGAUGCACUUGUUUGUCAUCUGUUUACAAGCUCAGGUAACUGUUCAGUCCCCACCUAAUUUUACACAGCAUGUGAGGGAGCAGAGCCUGGUGACAGAUCAGCUGAGCAGAAGGCUCAUCAGGACCUACCAGUUAUACAGCCGCACCAGUGGGAAGCAUGUGCAAGUGCUGGACAACAAGAAAAUCAACGCAAUGGCCGAGGACGGGGAUCCACAUGCCAAAUUGAUUGUGGAAACAGACACGUUCGGAAGCAGAGUCCGUAUUAAAGGAGCCGAGACGGGUUAUUACAUCUGCAUGAACAAGAAGGGAAAGUUGGUUGGCAAGACAAAUGGAAGAGGAAAAGAUUGCGUCUUCAGCGAAAUUGUCUUGGAAAACAACUACACAGCAUUGCAAAAUGCCAAGUACGAAGGGUGGUAUAUGGCCUUUACCCGGAGAGGACGACCAAGAAAAGGAUCGAAGACAAGACAGCACCAACGGGAGGUUCACUUUAUGAAGAGGAUGCCAAAGGGUCACCACACCACUGAACCUCAUAAACGUUUUGAAUUUAUUAAUUACCCUUUUAAUAGGAGGAGUAAAAGAACUCGAUAUUCAAGUUCUCGGUAGGAACUGGAUCAAAGUCCAUUCCACAUU